CACUCGUCGGAAAGUGAUGUCUGAUUGUGGAAGAAAACCAUUCCCCGUCGUCUAUAACGACGGCGAAACCGAAACCAACCUCGGAAUCAUCACGGUGUACCCCACCAUGAAUAUCAAAACUCUUCUCUCCAAACUCAGUCACAAGAUUGGAAUAUUGCCGCAUCAGUUUUCCGUUUUCAUCGCCGACCAAAACAGUGACCGGAAAAUCCCUUUCACCACCAAGGUCAACAUCCCCGCAGUGGCGUGUGAAGACGCCACGUAUGCUUUUUAUGUGAGCCGGUGUGGGAGUUAUAAGAAGGCUUUGGUGAAGAAGAAUAAUAACUUGUCGGAGAAAAAAAUGCUUCAAUGUCGUGACGAUGGUUCCCGACCAGUGUCUGCGGCGGAAGCUUUGGUUUUUGAACGUGGGGAAAUGGAGAGAAGGAUGCUUAAGUUUAAGAUGGAAAGAGAGGCGUUUUUGAUGAGAAUGGGAAACAAAGUUGAGUCUUUUAGAGUGGAACCGCCGAUGGAUAAUGGCGGAGGAAGCCGUGGAGGAAGCGGUGUGUAUUGUAAGGAGUGUGUGAUGGCUGAAGUGAUAAGGACUAAGGCUGAUUUCCAUUUAUGCAUUCGUGAUGAGGUAAUUAUAGGGUUUAAGACGUCGGUGGGACCGAUUUGCCGACCGGUGAGAAAUUCCGAUGAGGAUGGACACUGAUUUGCGGGGUGAUGUUUCUUUUAUCUAUUGAAGAAAGGUAAAAAAAAUUAAAAAAUGAAGGAUAAAAAUUGUACAUAUGAAAAAAAAAUAAAUUAGACGGAAUGCUCGUCUAUGGUAAUACCAUAUCCAUAGUAGACGGAAUUGGAUU